GUUCGCGCGCCGCCUGCGUCAUUUCCGCCCGCUGAGGGAGGAGGACAGAGGAGCGGAAAAUGGCGGACGGUGUUGAUCACAUCGACAUUUACGCAGAUGUAGAAGAGGAGUUCAAUCAGGAAACGGAUUAUCCCGUUCACGAGCAGAUCGACCUGUACGAUGAUGUCAUCUCCCCCUCGGCCAAUAACGGUGAUGCACCCGAGGACAGAGAUUACCUAGACAACCUGCCCGCACCUGGAGGCACCGAGGGGAAUAAAGGAGCUCCGCCCAACGUCGUUUACACCUACACGGGCAAACGCAUCGCUCUGUACAUCGGCAACCUCACCUGGUGGACCACAGAUGAGGAUCUGACUGAAGCAAUUCGCUCCAUCGGCAUCAGCGACGUUCUGGAAAUCAAGUUCUUCGAGAACCGAGCUAACGGACAGUCGAAAGGGUUUGCGUUGGUGUGUGUGGGAUCAGAAGCCUCCUCCAGGAAGUUGAUGGAUUUGCUGUCGAAGCGAGAGCUGCACGGGCAGAACCCGAUCGUCACACCCUGCAACAAACAGUCGCUCAGUCAGUUCGAGCUUCAGUCACGUAAGAGCACCCAGUCGGGGCAAAUGUCCGGGGAAGGGAAGGCUGGACCACCAGGUGUGGGUCCCCGUGGCGGUUUUCCCCUAGGUAGGGGUCGAGGGCGCUUUCCAGGCCCUGCAGGGCCAGGAGGAGAUCGCUUUCCUGGACCCGUUGGACCUGGGGCACCCCCUCCACACUUCCCUGGUGGUAUGCAGGGUCCUCCCCGCCCUCCUCCAGGCCCCCCUGGUCCUCCAGGUCCUCCUGGCCCUCCACCUCCUGGGCAAGGUUUAGCCCCACCCCUUUCAGGCCCCCCUAAUAGAGGGGACCGCCCACCUCCUCCUGUCCUGUUUCCUGGUCAGUUUGGCCAACCUCCGCUCGGCCCGUUACCCCCUGGCCCACCUCCUCCAGGUUAUGGUCCGCCCCCUGGUCCACCCCCACCUCAGCAAGGUCCACCUCCUCCUGGCCCGUUCCCACCUCGUCCCCCCGGUCCUAUUGGCCCUCCCUUGGCUUUAGCUCCACCCCCUCACUUACGUGGUCCCCCUCCUGGAGGCCCACCACCUGCCCCCCACGUCAACCCUGCCUUCUUCCCGCCGCCCGGAAACAACAACAUGGCAGCGCCGGAUAGAGCCCCGCCCCCCAACGACCCGUACGGACGGCCCCCUCCUUAUGACCGGGAUUACGGCCCGGGCAGGGAGAUGGACGCAGCUCGGGCCCCUCUCAGUGAGGCCGAAUUUGAGGAGAUAAUGAACAGAAACAGAGCUAUCUCCAGCAGUGCUAUAUCCAGAGCCGUGUCGGACGCAAGUGCAGGAGAUUACGGCAGUGCUAUUGAGACACUGGUGACUGCAAUUUCAUUAAUAAAGCAGUCGAAAGUUUCAGCUGAUGAUCGCUGUAAAGUGUUAAUCAGCUCUCUGCAGGACUGCCUGCACGGCAUAGAGUCCAAAUCCUACGGCUCGGCCUCCAGGUACACUGCUCAUCUGCGCUCAGAGCUCAUCUCUGCUCAACGUAUUUCUGCACUCCAAUCGUCCUGUCCUCUCCCUGACUCUUCCGUCUCUCUCAGCAGACGAGAGCGAUCGCGGGACCGGGACCACAGUCGCUCUCGUGAGAAAAGUCGCCGUCACAAAUCACGCAGCCGCGAUCGGCACGAAGAUUACUACCGAGAGCGGAGCCGCGAGCGAGACCGCCAUCGCGAGCGGGACCGCGACCGAGAGAGAGACCGCGACCGAGAGAGGGAGUACCGCCAUCGUUAGGACGAAGAGCUGAAUGGAAGAAGAAGAAGAAGAGGAGAAGGAGGAGGAAGCAAUCCGAGCACUUCACACUCAUCCAUCAGCGCUCUUCAUCCCUCCGUCACCAAGACGACGGGACUCGGCCACACAGCGCUCCAGUACGGCUCUGUUUAAAAAACCAUGUGUAUAUAUAUAUAUAUAUAUAUAUAUAUAUAUAUAUAUAUAUAUAUAUAUAUAUAUAUAUAUAUAUAUACUUACUCUUAAUUCCCAGCGGCAUAUUUUUUUUAUUUUCUACAUUUUAUUUGAUCUGCAUAAAUGGAAGAAGAAAAGUAACUUUUUCGGCGUUAAAGUAACUUUUGCCUGCUCGGUCCUCCACCAAAAACUUAAACGUUUUGACGCCUGUGAUGUGUAAAUUGUUAGACGUUGUUUUUAUAGGGAACUUUUGUUUUCAACGCCCUCCUACCCUUAUUUUCCCCCACCGUUUGUCUUCAUCAUUGUCUGUGAAUGUCUCUGCCUUGAUUUAUUAAAUAUACUGUUGUAAUAAAGUGUUUCUGGGGUUGCCA